CUGCAUCCUGGCUGCCAGGGAGGCUGCGAGCAGGUGCAGCCUGCUGCCCUGAGGAGGCUGUUCAAGAGCCACGAAUGUGACAGAGAGCCGAGCUGCCUGGCUGGGACGCUGGGACUCGUCAGACCUCAGGGAGCUCACCACCCACCCCACCCCAGCUCAGCACCGGGCCCUAAGCAGGCCCACCCACCGGGCCCUCCACCCACACGGGAUGGGGCCCCGGGGGAGCUGCAGCCACCCAGCUUCUCCGCGGUGCCCGUGCUGGCCAACCCAGCGGCCACAGCCGCCUGCCGCCGCUACGUAGACUGUGACCUCAACCGCGCCUUCACUGGCGCCUUCCUCACGGCCAGGGCCCACCCGGAUGACCCAUAUGAGGUGACAAGGGCCCGAGAGCUGAACCAACUGCUGGGACCCAAGGCCUCGGGCCAGGCCUUUGACUUCGUCCUGGACCUGCACAACACCACGGCCAGCACGGGCACCUGCCUCAUCGCCGAAUCCGCCCACAACGUCUUUGCGAUGCACCUGUGCCGCCACCUACAGCUGCAGAGCCCAGAGCUGCCCUGCCGGGUCUUCCUGUACCAGUUGCCUGGAGAAGAGACUUACAGCGUCAACUCCGUGGCCAAGAGCGGACUGGGCCUGGAGCUGGGCCCCCAGCCUCAGGGAGUGCUGCGGGCUGACCUUCUCGUCAGGAUGAGGGCCUUGGUGGCCGCAGCCCUGGACUUCAUCCAGCUCUUCAACCAGGGCACCGCAUUUCCUGCCUUUGAGAUGGAAGCGUACAGAAACGUGAGCAGCGUGGACUUCCCACGCACGGAGACCGGGGACCUGGCAGGCACCGUGCAUCCUCAGCUGCAGGACCGAGACUUUGAGCCGCUGCGGCCUGGAGCACCCAUCUUCCAGAUGUUCAGCGGCAAGGACGUGCUCUAUGAAGGGGAGUCCACUGUGUACCCCGUGUUCAUCAAUGAGGCCGCCUACUACGAGAAGGGCAUUGCCUUCCUCCAGACGGAGAAGCUCACGUUCUCUGUGCCCGCCCUGCCCGGGCUGGCCCCCGCCCCCUCCCCGGCUCCCUAACCCAGGCCACACCUGCCCGGCCUCAGCCUCCCACCUAAGGCAUGAUCCCCAGCUCAGAGGCCACCUUGCCACCUUCUA